UUUUCCUGGGCGAGGGCUCGAAUGUCCUCUCGGGCACUCUCCAGGGAACCGCGAUUCCCUGACGCCAGGAGAAAAAUGGAGCUGCGCUCCCAGGUUUGUCUCAGACCAGAACGCACAGCGCCCAGUACCCAAGAGCGUGCGUAAAGGCGCACCGGGUGCCAGAUCAGCCUCCCGACUUGACAGCGCGCCCUUGCCGCGGCCAUGCACCCAGCUCUAGGCAACCAGAGCCUCAACCAGAGCGCGAGGGGAAGCGGCGGCAACCUGAGCGUAGAGGGUCCGCUGCAGGCUUCGGCUGAGGACCGCCUGGGUCGCAAGGGCCUGGUGGCGGUGGCCGUGUGCCUGGGGGUCAUCCUGCUCCUCGGCUGCCUCAACAACCUCCUGGUCGUGCUGAUCUUCGCCAGGUUCCGGGCCGUCCGCACGCCCAUCAACCUGAUCCUGCUCAACAUCAGCCUCAGCGACCUCCUGGUGUGCGUCUUCGGGACCCCGCUCAGCUUCGCCGCCAGCGUGCACGGCCGCUGGCUCCUGGGUCGGGCAGCCUGCCAGUGGUACGGCUUCGUGAACGCCUUCCUGGGCAUUGUCUCCCUGGUCUCACUCUCCAUCCUUUCCUAUGAACGUUAUGUGAUAGUCCUGCAAAGACACACCAAGGCAAACGUGUCUAGCUACCAGAAGUCCUGGCUGUGCAUAGCUACAUCCUGGCUCUACUCCUUGAUCUGGACCUUGCCGCCUUUCUUUGGCUGGAGCAGCUAUGGCCCCGAAGGGCCUGGCAUUAGCUGCUCCAUCACUUGGCACCUCAGGACUCCCAGCAACAUCUCUUAUGUCAUCUGCCUCUUUGUCUUUUGCCUUCUCGUCCCCCUCUUGACCAUGAUGUAUUGCUAUGGGAGAAUCCUGCAAGCCAUCAGACUGCAGGUUUCUAGGUUUCACCAAACAUCUAUUCAGAAAAGGGAGCACCACAUUCUGUUUAUGGUAGUAGCCAUGGUUACCUGUUAUUUCCUUUGCUGGAUGCCAUAUGGGAUAGUCUCUCUGAUUGCAACUUUUGGCAAGCCUGGAAUGAUCUCACCAGCAGUGAGCAUCAUCCCUUCCAUUUUGGCAAAAGCCAGCCUGUGUGUUAACCCCAUCCUUUAUGUGCUCUUGAACAAACAGUUUUACGAGUGUUUCACAAUCCUUGUGAAAUGUGGGCCUCCCCCUCAGCACAUGAAAACUACUUUUGAGGUCAAAAGUGAGCCAGGAUUCUCAAACAGCCAGCAGAGCAGAAGAAACCCACUUGCUUCAAAUUCAGGACAAUAAACAAGGAGAGGCCAAAUGCUCUACAAGGCAGCCUGAAAUGCUUGUGGUUCAUUACUGGUUCUAGCUUUAUAUGCUCAUUUGCCAUUGCCAUUGCCAUUGCCAUUGUUAUUGUUUAGAAUCUCAUGUAUAUACUCCUGGAGCACUUUGGUGAAGUGCUGGAAGCACAUUGAUCUAGAGCCUUCUGUCUAGCAAUGUCAGCAACAAUUCAAAUGUGCCAAACACUGGCCUCCGACCUGAGCAAUGACCAAGUGACAAGUGGUGAUCUUGGCUGUGUGGGUGCGAGUCCCCAAAUUCCCUCAAAAUUUCCAACAUUGUCCAUCACAGCAGACUGUUUCAUAACUGUCAGUGUCUGAAGUAUCUUCCAGAUGUGUGUGUGGAGUUCCUGUUUCUGUUAUGGACUUCUGUCCAUUUGAAUUACCAUCUCAGUUUUACAAAAUAACUACUUUAUAUAGGUAGGUAAA